CGGUUUCGCUCGUUUCUCUGUGUGCACACUUUCUGCCAUCAUCUGCUGUCUGGAUACAAUCUGUUCGGGGUUUGCAUAAUCGGAUCUCCACCAUUCAUUAACACUUGUUUUGUUUCCAGCAACAACCGAACAUUUCAGCAGCAAUUGCUCCCGAGAAUCCCACGCAGUAGCACCAUGAAGUUCUCGAGCUCCGCUGCGGCAGCUUUACUUCUGCUCCAAUCGUAUUCCACGACGGCUUUUUCGUUUCACCCGGCUAGGGUCACCAGCAGGCGUCAACGGACCUCUUCUCUUUCCAUGGUCCUGGAGAAACCAAAGCCGAAGAAGCUACCCAAGAUUGAGCAACUCAAGAUAGAUUCCAAUCACUUGGUGCAUCCCCUUAUUGAGCAACUUAAAACCGAAGAGAUCUCUAUUUCCAAGGAUGCGUACCAAAUUCUCAAGUACCACGGGUCGUACAUGCAGAACAAUCGCGAAACCAAGGGGCCCAAGGACUACCAAUUUAUGCUCCGACUGAAGCAACCCGCUGGAGAGCUACCACCGGAUUUGUAUCGACUUCUAGACGAUCUUUCACGCGAAAAGGGACAAGGGGAUCUCCGUGCGACAACCCGACAGUGCUUCCAGAUGCACGGUAUUCUCAAGGGUUCGCUCAAGGAAGUCAUUGCCUCCAUCAUGAAUAUUGGUUCCAGUACCGUCGGAGCCUGCGGCGAUGUGUCACGAAACGUCAUGACGACGCCUGCUCCCUUUGCGCAUCCUGCGUAUGAACACGCACGUGAAUGGUCCAAGGUCUUCGCGCAGCUGUUCCGCCCUAUGACACCCGCCUUUUCGCAGAUUUGGUUGGAUGGGGAAAAGGCCGCCACUGUCGAAUCUUGGCACACCGAGGUUUCCGGGUACAACAUUGAUGAGGUCAUGAAACACGAUACCGGCCGUGGUGUCGUACUGAAUGACAGUGUCGAACCGCUGUACGGGGAUCGUUAUUUGCCACGCAAGUUCAAGAUUGGUGUCACCGUCCCAGGGGACAACUCCCUCGACAUUUACACCAAUGACAUUGGUGCCGUAGUUAUCACUGACUCGGCCGGAAACCUGGAAGGGUUCAACAUCAUGGUCGGUGGUGGUAUGGGUCGCACGCACAAUAAGGAGAAUACCUUUGCCCGAGCCGCUGAUCAUCUUGGCUUUGUUUCCAAGGAAGACGCAAUGGAGCUCAUGAAAUGCAUUGUGGCUACCCAGCGGGAUCACGGUAACCGCGAUGUACGUGCGAACGCUCGUAUGAAGUACUUGGUGCAUACCCUCGGAAUCCAGGACUUCCGCAAGCUGGUCGAGUCAUAUUUUGGUAAACCCAUCGAGCCGUGGCGUCCAAUGGUGGAAUGGAAAUACAGUGACUGGAUGGGAUGGUGGGAACAAGGUGAUGGCAAGCUCUUUUGCGGCGUGCACAUUGAAAAUGGUCGUGUCAAGGACGAAGGAAAGUUCCGUCUCAAGACCGCCCUACGUCGAAUUGUCGACAAAUACAAUAUUCCGAUGAUUCUCUCCCCGACGCAAUCAAUUAUAUUACGGGACAUCAAUCCCAAUGACAAGAAAGGCAUCGAAUAUCUCCUGGAUGCUCACGGUAUUAAACCGAUUGAACACGUGGAUCCAUUGAAUCGCCUAGCAAUGGCUUGUCCCGCACUACCUCUCUGUGGGCUUGCCCAAACUGAAGCGGAACGGUUGAUGCCUGCGUAUUUGGACCGUGUCCGAGGCCUCCUCAACAAGAUGAACUUGUCCGACGAAGAAAUCAUGAUCCGCAUGACUGGUUGCCCCAAUGGUUGCGCGCGCCCUUACAUGGCUGAACUCGCCUUUGUAGGCGACGGUGCCAAAUCGUAUCAGGUGUGGCUGGGUGGUUCGCCGGUAUUGACCCGAACUGCCUGGCCGUUCAUGGCCAAGAUGGAUGUGGACGAUCUCGAGAAGACCCUGGAGCCAAUUCUUGCCAUGUUUAUUCAACAGCGACAGCAAUUUGAAGCUUUCGGCGACUUUUGCUACCGAGUUGGCGCGGAGGCGAUUGAAGCGUACAGCAACAAUUACCGACUUGGAAGCGUGCGGGCUUUCUAGAUACGAAAGCUCCAUGCAAUUUUAGAAAAGUCUUACAUUUCCUGCACUUGGAAGGUCUUAUAAGUUUUAGUACAGUACCUUAUUGUAACACUUUUGAUGGGUCUUUUUCUUCUCUCACAUCAAGAAUGUCUCCAGAGAAGGUGACACGCAAAGUGAGAGAUGCGAAGGGGAUUGACUGACAGUGAAUGUAUUUGAGAUGCUCCUCUCCGCAACCGGUGCUGACUGAAAUGAGUGAACUAAUGAAAUUUUUUCUGCCACUAUAAGACGAGUGCAUUUACGGC